AUGAGUAAAUUUCAAUUCGGAGACUCGCGCUCAAAUUCCGACGACGACGAGGACCUCGAUACUCUGCCCUACCCUGCGCCCCUUCAGCGCAAUGACUUCCUCGCGCCAGACUUUUCGCCAUCGACCUAUCUCUCUACACUAUCGAAUCGGCACCAGACACUCGAAGACUUGCGCUCAGAGCUAAGGUCGCGCUCACAGCUACUAAGCAAAGAGCUGCUGGACCUCGUCAACUCCAAUUACCAGGACUUUCUGAAUCUGGGAAACAGCUUGCAUGGUGGUGAAGAGAAAGUCGAGGAAGUAAGGGUAGGGUUACUGGGGUUCAGAAAAGAAGUUGAUGGACUGAAGCGGGCAGUUGAUGAGAGGGAACAAGAGGUGGGAGCCCUGCUGGGGGAAAGAAGAGACGUGAGGGUAAAGAUUGAACUGGGGCGGCGGCUCAUUGAUUAUGAUGCGAGACUGCGGGAGCUCGAGCAAGAUCUGGACAUCAGCAGUGGGGCAAAUCACGUCAACAACAACAGAGAAGACGAUGUCUCAGACAGCGAGGACGACGAAGACGAAGACGAAGACGAAGACGAUGAGGACGAUGCAAGCUAUGGCGUUUCCCUUACGAAACUGCGAAGGAACGUCAUGCAGUACAGACUAAUGCAAGAGCUGGAGAAGAGCCUCGACAACCAUCCUUUCGUUGAAGCACAGACGACGCGGAUGGCGAAAGUGCGCAGCACGUUGUUGCUCGAUCUGAGUACUGCAACGCAGCAAGCGAAGAAUGCAGGAAAGGCUGGGCAGGGCAGGGUAAUGAGCAUUAUGAAGAUGUACGCAAACAUGGAACAGGCUGCAGAAGCAGUAGAAGUCCUCAAGUCACUGAAAGCAACAUGA